AUGAGCAUCGCAGCCAUUGCCCGCAGAAACUGGGCGCUGCGCCUCUCGGUGGUGCUGAACGUGUGCGUACUGCUGUAUGUGUGCGCUCACAUCGGCUCGUCCGGACCGUGGAUCGAGGAACCUCCGACCAACUGGGCGGCGGCGGCGCCACUUCAGUCGGAUACCUACGGAGGUGGCCUAAACGACCUCAUAAAUGGCACCCAGAAAGGCGUUGCAGCUGGCGCAUCAGCCUCCUCGUCGUCAGCCGCUCUUGUUGGCGCCACAAAUAAUGCGGCACCGACAAACAACGGCGGCGCUGACCGUUCUCUCGGGAUCAGCCUGGUCACUACGAUGCCUCCCAACGGGGCCAAGGCCGAUGCUCUCGAUAAGCCGCAGGAACACUCGCGUAAUCAGACGAUGAGGAACAGCACGACAAGCGUCGCGCGCGAACCAAUGAGCUUGAGGGAGGCCGUGCCCUGCAAUGAGAAAUCUACAGAGCCUAGACGAGCACAGCGCGGCGAUUACUGGGUGUUGUACAAUUACGUGCCGAUGAGCAUGGCGGUGAAAUGCUGGGAGAGCGUGACAUACACCACGCACGCUGAUUACACGUUUCUCGACAAUCUGGAGCCGCUACUGGAGCGCUGGCGAGCACCGAUAUCGAUCGCCAUGCACGCACCCGGCACCGACUUCCCGGCGACCCUCGAUGCCAUCAGGUACUCGAGGAACUGUGGCAGCCCCUUGGUCUCUCAACUGGUGACCUUUCACGUCUUCUUCAGCAGUAAACACGUGCCAAAAGUGAUACCACCAUCAGAGAAGAUCGUCUCCGAUACGUAUAACUGCUCGCUCGGACCACCGUGGGUGAACGUCAGCUUCGCAAAGAUGUACAAGAAUGAGAAGAAACUACUGUACCCGGUGAACGUGGGCCGCAACAUAGCGCGCGAGUCCGCGCCCACCUUCUAUGUGUUCCCCAGCGACAUCGAGCUGUAUCCCAGCCCGAAUCUGCCCGUCAAGUUCCUCGAGAUGAUCCGCAAGCGAGAUCAGCCAGCUCUCCAUAAGCCUAAUCCCAAGGUCUUUGUGUUGUCCAUCUUCGAAGUGGAGGAGAAGAGCCAGCCGCCCAACAAUAAGACGCGCCUGAUGCAGAUGCUGAAAGCAGGCACCGCCAUACCCUUUCAUAAGAAAUUAUGCUCCGGCUGCCAUAACGUGCCAAAGAGCAAGGAAUGGCAGGAAGCGCCAGAAACAGAGGACCUACACGUGUUUCACGUUGGCAAGAGAACUGGCAGCUUUGUACACUGGGAGCCGAUCUUCAUCGGGACCAAUAACGAUCCUUUAUACGACGAAAGACUUAGUUGGGAGGGAAAGAGCGAUAAAAUGACGCAGGGUUACGCGCUCUGUGUUCUCGAUUAUGACUUUCUUAUUCUGGACAACGCCUUCUUAGUGCACCGGCCUGGUAUCAAGAUCUUCAAGAAAGAUCCGCAUCGCGAUAUGCUUACCGCCAAAACGAACGCGCUUAUCAAAAAGAUUAUCAUGCCGGAGCUGAAGGUGCUGUAUGGCACGAGGAAAGGUUGCGCUGUGUAGCCCGUGGAGUCGCGGGCACAACAGCGCAUGCUGUACAGGUGCCCGUCUGUACGAUGGAAUCAUCUGCGACUCUCUCUGCCGUCUGCAUUGUCGUCGUCGACUAUCAUUAUGCAGAAACAAAUCACCCGGCGCAGCGAGCUGAUGCUACGAUUUGCUCUAGGACCUCGGGACCGUGUUCAUGUGCGCUCCGUACAACCCGCUCGUGAAUGGGAUCUGAAAAAAAUCGCUGCGAUUCAUAAAGGAAUUUUCCUCUCCUCUAAUUACGCCAACUCGACGGUGCCGAACAAACAUACGAAUUAUCGCAUAAUUACUCGGUGAGUUUAGAGUAACAGCAUUAUUUCACGAACGUGUCGUGCUCGUAACUUUGCGUCACUGUCGCGAUCAUUGAUGCCUUCACUUUUAUCAUUAGCAGCAUCGGUACUAGUGUUUUACGAAAACAUCGAGGUAACGUAAAGAAAGAUUUUCACGAAAAAAGUAAUGUGCAUCGCGCCGCUCAAAUAU